GGGACCGCCAACUGAGGACAACACACUUCAAGUUGUUCCCCCCUCCACUGACCUGAAUUCCUUGAUACGAGAGCCACUGCUGUCCAGACCAACCAAACUUAAUUUCCCCGGCCUAAAUAUCACCAUGGAUGUAAACAGCUUAUUCGACGUCAAGGGCAAGGUCGUCCUGGUGACGGGAGGAGCCAAGGGCAUCGGGCGGAUGAUAUCAGAGGGCUUCGUGACCAACGGGGCAAAGGUGUACAUCUCGUCGCGGGACGGCAAGGCGUGCGAGCAGGCCGCCCAGGAGCUCACGGCGCUGGGCAAACCAAAAGGCGGCACAGCCCACGCCCUCCCAGCAGACCUCCAAUCCCUAGAAGCGACCAAAUCCCUCGCGGCACAGCUAACAGCCCUCGAGCCAUCAGGCCUCGACAUCCUAAUCAACAACUCAGGCGCCGCAUGGGGCGAGCCGCUAGAGACCCACCCGGACGCGGCAUGGACGAAGCUGCUGACCCUCAACCUCCAGCGCGUCUUCACCCUCACCCAGCUCCUCCUGCCCCUCCUCCAGAAGAAGGGCUCCCUGCCGGCCUCCUCCCCCUCGAGGGUCGUCAACAUCGGCUCCAUCGACGCCCUCCGCGUCCCGACCAUGGAGAACUACGCCUACUCCGCCUCGAAAGCAGGGCUGCACCACCUCACCCGCACCCUGGCCGCGGCCCUCGGGCCCCGCGGCGUCACGGUCAACACCCUCGCGUGCGGGCCCUUCCCGUCCAAGAUGAUGCGCGCCGUGCUGGAUGACGCGGGCGACGCCAUCGCCGAGGCGAACCCGCUGGGGCGUAUCGGGACGCCGCCCGACGCCGCUGGGGCGUGUCUUUUCUUGUGUGGGAGGGCUGGGGCGUUUGUGAAUGGGGCUACCCUUGCGCUUGAUGGUGGGGUGAGUUUGUUGGCCAGGCUGUGAGGGCGGGAUGUGUUGGGGAGAGGUGGG